AUGUCCUAUUUUCUUCCUCAUCUUCCUUCCGGCUGGCACGUUGAUGAGGCUAUCAAGUCUGAAGAGGAUCGUGUCGUAGUUAUCCGAUUCGGACAUGACUGGGACAGCCAAUGCAUGAUGAUGGAUGAAACGCUGUACUCCGUCGCGGAGAAAGUCCAGAACUUUGCGGUCAUUUACCUGGUUGAUAUCACGGAGGUGCCAGACUUCAAUAAGAUGUAUGAAUUGUAUGAUCCUUGUACCGUGAUGUUCUUCUACCGUAAUAAACACAUCAUGAUCGAUCUGGGAACCGGUAAUAACAAUAAGAUUAACUGGGCCAUGGAUAACAAGCAAGAGAUGAUUGAUAUCAUCGAAACGGUUUACCGAGGUGCAUCGAAAGGAAGGGGUUUGGUGGUUUCGCCGAAAGAUUACUCUACGCGUUACAGGUACUAG